AUGUCUCUCGACGGCAGGCCCAUCAUGGGCUGGACCAGCCACGGCCUGUACCGCUACCCCAUCCAGAACGAGGCCGAACUGGACCCGGAAUACACCUCCUCCGAGGGUACGCCGAUGGACGAGGACCUCGAGUUCGAGCUCAACUACGCCCACGUUGCCGGCGGCGUGCCGCCCGCGAACACGGAGCGUGACCCCAUGCUGAGCGACCUCGCUCUCGCUGCGAUGCGUUUCGAGAGCGCGCACAACCAGGAGGACUGGGACGCGAUUCCUGAAGUGGUGGUGGUGCUGAACAUCAUCUACCAGGUUCUUGCUCGUCGCAACAGCCUCCGCGACAGCGGCCUCGGGACCACCCGCUACCCCGUGUGGAAGACGGAGCGCCUGCGUAACAUUGACGCCGCCUACGACCGGGCCGUCCUGCAGCUCUCGUACGGGAGGAAGAAGCUGCGCCCGCCGCAGGAGGUCGUCCGCGCGCUCGCCUUCGUUGCCCUCGAGGCUACCACCAUCCCUGCCCACGUGCCGAGUCGUAAGCGCCGCAAGUCCAAGUAUAAGCCCAGCAAGAACAAGCACAGGAACAACGCCGAGAAGCAGGACCCCAGUUAUGUCCCGUCCCCGAACGACUCGGCCUCAGACGGCGAGGGGAGCGAGAGCGACGCCCCAGUCCCCGACGAGGUCGACAUGCUUAACGCAGACAACACCGCAAACGGCCACCUCUCCGGCGACUAUGAGUCCAAGCUCCGCAUCCUUUGCGACCCUUUCACGUCGGACCCCCUCGCGAAGGCCAUUCUCCUCGCGAAGGACUUGGCGGUGAAGGAGGUGGAGGUGGCGCAGCUGGAGGACGACUGGCGACGUAUCAAGGGGACCACCCUGCGCCUGUGUCUCGUUGACGAGGUGCUCCACCUCCGUGACCAGGCUCGCCGUCGGGGCGCGGGAUCCCGCUCUCCCAAGUUUGCCGACUGGAUGGCCGCGCGCAAGGCCGACUUUGACGCGGCGUAUUCCAAGAUGGUGCAGGAACUCCCCCUCAAACAGAAUCGCAUCGCGCUCGACUACGCCCCGGCGCUUCGACUCUGCAUGCUCGCCCUGCAGUGUACCUACAUGAGCUGCUUUGACGCCGACGAGCGGUGGCCCGAUGACCGGCACGUCGUGAUUGAGCUGUCCGAGCUGGGGUCGUACCAGUGGUUCUUUUGGUUUUAUCGGCGCUAUAAAGUAUGA